AUGCAGAGCAUGCAAAGACGGUUCGGUCGGUUGACCACGGCCAAGUCCGCGGACAACAGCCAGGUGGCUGUCCUUCUCAAGGACUUUGAAGAUGCCGACAACCUCUUUACCAAACGCGCAGCCCGUCGAGACACCAGACUGAUCGAUCCCACCUCGCAUCAGAUCGUUGAGUCAACCAAAGCAUGGCGCGAUGCGUGGGUGUCAAUCGCGACUUUCCAGAGUCGACUGGCCGAUGAAUUCGACGGACUAUACGCGCCGAUCCUGGCCUCCUCUGAAACAGAGACCCGUCAUACCCCACAGGAGACCCCUAAAGCCCUCUUAACUCGAACCAGCAAUCUUCGUCGCGAAUAUGACGAGCUUCGGGGGGACCUCCUGGAGGAAUUGCAAAUGGUUGAGCGACGCAUGUCGCAACCGGCCGAGCAAGCAAAGAGCUAUUUGGCUCCAGUCAAGAAGUCCAUCAAGAAGCGGAAUGAGAAAAAGUCAGAAUUUGAGCGCUUCCAGAGCAAAUACGAUAGUCUCAUUCACAAACCAAAGCGUUCCGACCGUGAGAACGCUGCGCUUGCCAAAGCAGAGGCAGAUUUGACUGUCGCAAAGGAGAUUUAUCAGCAGGCCGACCAUGACUUGAUGCAGCGACUUCCCACACUCAUCUCGCUGCUGUUCUCUUUGGCGCCAUUCAUUCUUCAAGCGCAGGUGGAAAUCCAGAAUCGCAUGCUAGCACACUACUAUACCGUGCUCUCCGGCUACUGUGAAGCUGAAGGAUGGCCCAACCCACCACCUCCUAUGGACCAAGUCAUCCAGACCUGGGAAGACGGCAACAACGGCCCUCGAGCCGAGAUCGACAGCAUGGCCAUCGUGGCCCAUGGCAAGGCUCUCCGCCUGACCCAAGAAUCACAGAACAAGCGACCUUCCAUCGGCGGUCGAAGCAUCAGCACCAUGUCCUCCGUAUCUUCAAAUCGCAGCGCUCAAAGCCUCCCGCGAUAUAAUGUGCCACCCCCAAUGCCCGGGACCAAACCGUACGCCUCGGAAUUUAGAUCACCCUCUCCUAGCUCGUCAACGAUGACACCUCCCAUCUCAGUCGCAAGCGCGUCCAGCACACCUCCGCCUUACUCGGGAUACGAAUCUCGUGUAUCUUCCCCUCCUGCAAUUGUCCCGAAUCCAUUCCUUCAUCCCUCAGCGCCCCCGUCGUGUGGGCCUUCCUUUUCCCCCGCCGGUCCCAACGUCGACUACUUUCAACAGCAGCGUCGUGCCUCGUCGACUGCCGUGUCCACCCCGGGUGCAAGUGAUCCGUUCGCUGUAGCUUCUCUCAAGAAGAAGAAACCCCCACCUCCGCCCAGGGCAGCGUCAUACGUUACUGCAAUUUAUGACUUUGGGGGUCAGAGUAGAGGAGAUCUCUCCUUCCAAGAGGGUGAUCGGAUCCGUGUGAUACGCAAGACAGACAGUACGGACGAUUGGUGGGAAGGUGAACUACGGGGUGUCAAGGGGGCAUUUCCUGCAAAUUAUGUGGAGUAG